ACGUUUGGUCGAUUCUCCUCGUUCAUCGCUUUCACAGCCUAGCACCUCUCCGCAAUCUUUCCUCAUCGUCGCUUUGUCUGAAUUCCUUUCUCCUCUCAUUCUCUCUCUUAACUCUAAAUUUUCUCUUGCUUUCUCUCUUUUUGGCACCGGCGUUCAUCUUGAUCCGGAUUGACGCAGAGGCAAUCUGUUACCGAGUUCUACGCUUUCGUUGGCAUUGCUUCAUAUUAUCUAGAUCUGAAGCCCUGUCAACAUGACAACUUACACCCCAAAGAAUAUCCUCAUUACUGGGGCUGCCGGAUUUAUUGCAUCUCAUGUUGCAAAUCGACUUGUCCGGAGCUAUCCUAAUUACAAGAUUGUUAUUGUUGAUAAACUAGACUACUGUUCAAAUCUUAAGAACCUUCUUCCCUCUCGCUCAUCCCCUAACUUCAAGUUUGUUAAGGGGGACAUUGCAAGUGCUGAUCUUGUUAAUUACCUCCUCAUCACUGAGUCCAUAGACACAAUAAUGCAUUUUGCUGCUCAGACCCACGUUGACAACUCGUUCGGUAACAGCUUUGAGUUUACCAAGAACAACAUUUAUGGCACCCAUGUACUAUUGGAGGCCUGCAAAGUUACUGGUCAGAUCAGAAGAUUUAUCCAUGUCAGCACAGAUGAGGUCUACGGGGAGACUGACGAGGAUGCUGUUGUGGGAAAUCAUGAAGCCUCACAACUCCUUCCCACGAACCCAUAUUCAGCUACAAAGGCUGGGGCUGAAAUGCUUGUUAUGGCUUAUGGUAGGUCAUAUGGCUUGCCUGUUAUAACAACUCGAGGAAAUAAUGUGUAUGGUCCCAACCAGUUCCCUGAAAAGUUAAUCCCUAAGUUCAUUCUUUUAGCCAUGAAGGGAAAGCCACUUCCAAUUCAUGGAGAUGGUUCUAAUGUCCGAAGUUAUCUUUACUGUGAAGAUGUCGCUGAGGCUUUUGAGGUCAUUCUUCACAAGGGAGAGGUAGGCCAUGUUUACAACAUUGGAACAAAGAAGGAGAGGAGAGUGAUUGAUGUUGCUAAAGAUAUAUGCAAGCUUUUUAAUAUGGAUACUGAAACUUGCAUUGAAUAUGUAGAGAAUAGGCCAUUUAAUGACCAGAGAUAUUUCCUAGAUGAUCAGAAGUUGAAGAAUCUGGGUUGGUCAGAACGGACUGUGUGGCAGGAGGGUUUGAAAAAGACAAUUGAAUGGUAUACCAAUAACCCUGAUUGGUGGGGAGAUGUCUCUGGUGCAUUGCUUCCCCAUCCUAGAAUGCUGAUGAUGCCUGGUGGGAUAGAAAGGAACUUUGAUGAGGCCGAGAAAUACGACUCUGGAUCCUCUGAAUUCUCAGGAAAAUCAAAUCAAACUGAGAUGGUAGUUCCAGCACCCAGAAUCAGCAACUCAGCUCAAAAACCACCUUAUAAGUUUUUGAUAUAUGGUAGAACUGGCUGGAUUGGUGGUCUGCUUGGCAAGUUAUGUGAGAAACAGGGGAUUCCUUAUGAAUAUGGUAGGGGUCGCAUGGAGUAUCGCACACAGCUCUUGGCUGACAUUCAGUCUGUGAAGCCCACCCAUGUCUUCAAUGCAGCUGGUAUCACUGGUAGACCCAAUGUUGACUGGUGCGAAAGUCACAAGUGUGAGACGAUCCGCACCAAUGUUGCUGGUACACUAACUUUAGCAGAUGUAUGCAGAGAGAAUGGUCUGUUGAUGAUGAAUUUUGCCACUGGUUGCAUAUUUGAAUAUGACGCUGCACAUCCAGAAGGUUCUGCGGUUGGAUUCAAAGAGGAAGACAAACCAAAUUUCACUGGCUCAUUCUAUUCAAAGACCAAGGCCAUGGUUGAAGAGCUGUUAAAAGAGUAUGGAAAUGUUUGCACCCUGAGAGUUAGAAUGCCAAUAUCUUCAGACCUCAACAACCCUCGCAAUUUCAUCACCAAAAUCGCUCGUUAUGAUAAGGUGGUAAAUAUUCCCAAUAGCAUGACAGUUUUGGACGAGCUACUUCCUAUAUCCAUAGAGAUGGCCAAGCGUAACCUGAGAGGCAUAUGGAAUUUUACAAACCCCGGGGUUGUGAGCCACAAUGAGAUUCUGGAGAUGUACAAGAAGUACAUGGAUCCAGCGUUCAAAUGGGCCAACUUCACGCUGGAAGAGCAGGCAAAGGUGAUAGUUGCAGCCCGAAGUAACAAUGAGAUGGAUGCAUCAAAGUUGAAGAAAGAGUUCCCUGAGUUGUUGUCAAUAAAGGAGUCACUGAUCAAGUAUGUGUUUGAACCAAACAGAAAAACCUCCGCAUAAUAAGAAGCAGCCAGCUUCAGUGGAGGGUGGCCGUGGGUGAAUCUCAUUUUCUAGACUGUGCUAGCUUUAGUUAUUACUCAUUCUUAGCUUAACCACCUUCUUUCGAUAUUGAAUAGAGUGCUUCCACUAGAUGGUUUGGUAUAAAAUUUUUCAUGAUUUACAAAUGGUCAGCAAGCAGCCAGCGAUUGUGUGAUGAACCUCUGUCGUUAUUGAAUGUAUAACAGGGAUUACGUUUCAAAAUAAUACAUUAAAUACGAUCUAGUGCAG